AUGUCCACAGGAAAGCAACAACACACGAACGGACAAGGAAACAGAGACUCGACAACCGUCGAUAUCGACCACUCCCCACUAGUUCCAGACACAGACAUCCCACCGCCUGCGUAUUCAAAUACACCAGAACUAGGAUUAGGACGACCUACCGACCAUGACGAGCAGACGCCGCUUUUGGGAGGUGGCCGUGUCACAUCAGGAAGAGUGGCGACACCAGCAGAGGCGGCUGCACGACGGGCGACGGAGCUUGGGUCAAGGAGGCGCGGUGGUGGUGAUGGUGAGGGUACUAAAAGAUGGUUCCACGAGUGGAAGGGCAUCCUUAUCGCGGCCAUCGUCGGAAUCAUGGUUAUUUGGGGUCUGAUCCGCCUUGUUAACCAUUUGUCGUAUGAGUGCAAGGUCCCAGAGGAUGCACAAGUCACCACGAUGGGGUAUUCCUUUGAUCCGGCCGAUUACCGGGAACUCUUCUUCCACCUCGACGAGGGCAUCACGGGAGAUAUAUCAGUAUCACAGUCAAGGGACAGGACAGAGGGCAACAUCACAGUCCUCAUCACAGCGCAAGCAUCCACCCCCGAACUCCUCUCCUUCAUCUCCCUCAAAAUUACCCCCACCCCCCGCAACUCUUUCUUCGAAACCUCCCUCUUUCUUGACAUGAAAUCCUCAGAAAUUCGCAAAGCCCUCGCCCGGAACUGUACCCGCCUCGAAGUAGACAUCAUCUUCCCUCGCCACCUCUACGAUUACGACUUCAUCCAGAUCGAAAGUCGGUACAAAGGAAACGUGAUUGUGGCGAUGGAUCCGAAAAGGAGUACGGGUGCGAGGAUUGCAGUAGAGCGGUUGGAGCUUUUGGCAGAGGCGGGCUCGGUGACGGUGAAGGAUUUGCUGGUUACGGAGGCGAUGAAUGUGGUGACGAAGGGCGGGGACGGGAACGUCGAAGCUCAGGUCGAGGUUAGGAAGGUGGCUAGGGUCCAGGCGAAGGGGGAUGUUAGUCUUACGGUUGAGUCUUGGUCGAAUGGGUUAGAUCUCAAAGUUGAUACUUCUGGCAGACCCCAAGUCGCCAUGAAAACACCAUUCUACGGCCACCUCUGGUUAAAGACCUCCUCCAUCUUCGACGGCCCACCAGAGUUCUUUGCAUCUACAUGCUGUUUCUAUGAACGGAAACGAGACAACCAUACGUUGGUUGGCUACAUGUCCUAUAACGGGUAUGAGCCCGGGUACUUCCCCCGGAUUGAUAUCAAAGGACACAAAACCCGCCUUGAUCUUCUUGCUUGA